GACGUUAAAACAUACGCUCCACUAAAUGUCAGAUGCAAUCACAAAAAUUUUUUCUUUGAUGAUAGUAAACAAACAACAAAAAUCCGUUCUAUCACUAUCACUAUGAUAACGCUGACUAGAAAACUGAAAAAAGAUGGUUCGACAUCCAGUCCGGAUACGUCUAAAAGAAUUUCGGUGCGCGAUCGAUUGCUGAUAAAAGAGGUGCAAGAGAUGGAACAAGAGAUGGAAACAAAUGUGUGCAAGGUUGUUUUUAAUGAUCCGAACGUUUUGUCGGAAUUUACGCUGACGAUAACACCAGACGAAGGAUUUUGGAAAGGUGGCAAAUUCAAAUUCACGAUAGCAGUUCCGGAGGAGUACAAUAUGAUUCCUCCUAAAGUCAAAUGCACGACAAAACUGUGGCAUCCGAACAUAUCUGAAGCAGGAGAGGUGUGUCUUUCAUUAUUACGACAAAAUUCAAUAGAUGGAUUAGGCUGGGCACCGACACGUAGACUGAAAGACCUAGUAUGGGGCAUAAAUUCACUUUUUAAUGAUCUGUCUGUGAUCAAUUUUGAUGAUCCACUCAAUAGCGACGCAGCCGACCAAUAUCAACAAGACAAGAAGGAGUUCCAAAAGAAGGUGAGCGAAUAUAUAUUUCUCUACGCAAGGGGGUAGUGUUAGUUGCAAUGCACAAAAUUCACUUAAACUAUGUAAAUGCCGAUUUGAUAAGUUUGAAAUAAAAUUAAGUUUGACCGAACAAAGAUCGUUGCU